UAAUGCUAAAUCUCCCUCCGUACAAUUUUGCAAUAUUUUCCCAAAAUGGUACCCAUAAUUCUGCAUGUUUCUUCAAAUUGUAUCCAUGGUUCCGCGAAUAUUUCAAAAACCUAUACCGAUAACUCCACACUUUUCAGAAAAAAGUUACCCUUAAAUAAUGGCACAUCCCUGUACCUUCAAACAUGCUAGAUACCCCUCCCCCUCCGAGACUCCAUGCCAAUUCCAUCCAACCAAACUCCAUCCAAUUGAUGUAAUCUGAAUUCUAAAAUAAUUAAUAGUUACAGAGAAUUUCGCUAGUUUAACUGAAUUCAUAUUAUUUAGUAUUUGAUAUAAAUAACAGAAUCUAAGCAAUUGGAGGACAGUUUAUCUAAAAAAAUAUUAGAGGCAUAUGGUAGCUUAAAUCAUGCGAUAGAUUGGUAGUUUUAAAGCGUUUUGUUUGUAUCCUGCAGUUUUCCACUGACAUACACUAAGCAAAUCAUUUAAGAGAUGGCAAGCUUUACCAAUCAAACAUCUUUAUUUUUAUUUCAUUAUUUAAUCUCCCGCUUUCUUCUAACUACCUCAAUUUCUCUUUCUUUUCUAAGCGUAUAUUUACCACCCUCUCAAUUUAUUUAAAUUAAAAAAAAACAAUACUUCGUUUAUCCUCGUAUUACUCUUAUAAAAUAACUUAGGUUUGUAUUUAUUUAAUGUUUACUUCUGUUAGCAGCUUCUCAUCUGCAAUAACCAAGAAAAUUUAUGUGUCAAUUUAUGAAAGCUUCUUUUCGUGGCUAAUGAGCGAUAGAUUAGUUACUUUAAAAUACAUAUAUCAUUUGUUGCUGUUACUACCUGCUGGCUGCUUGAUGCUGUAACCAGGGUAUUUGAGCUAUGGUCUGUUUGGAGGCCAAUCGAGAGGGGGCUAGGAGGCAGUCGCCCCUGCACCCAUAGACAAAGAGGGGUCUGCUUUUAAUUAAACUGUAUCUAUUUAAGAUAUGACUGUUAAUGACAUGGUAAUUACCAAUCAUAUCUGUCCAAGGACAAUUCAGCAAUGUUUUACGAAUAUCAGUUAAAAGAUACUUUUGACAAUUCUUUGCAUUUUAAAUCCGGAAGCUAUCCAGGUUUAUGGUUUUGUGUGGGAAGUGGCCCAGGUGUGGUUCUCGGCGGUUUGUUCUUUGGGUUCUUAUAAACUUUUAAUUCUUGUUUAUAGACUGACGUACUGUAGUCUUUUUGUUUAGUUUCUACAAAGGAACUUAUGAAGUUGUUUACACAAGUGAAAGUAGCUCGGUUACAUUUCAAUCCGAUCCAAAUGGGAUCUAUUCCGGGGUUUUUUGCCUUUUUUUUCAGCUUUCGACUUAGCGAAGUUCAAACAAUGCUCUGUAAAAUUCAUUACUUUCUUUCGAGGCUACUCCUGCUAUUUUCUUUCCUGGUAAAAGAACUAAAUUUUUAUAAGAAAUACAAACUACUUUUUUCAAAAUUUAUUGCUUAUAAAAUAAACCGAAUUUUUCUGAAAUUUGCUUUAACUCAACAUUUUUCAUAGAGAACAGUUAUAAACUUGGAAACAUACAUCAUUUAGUGCUUUAAGUCCUCCCCUUUUAUGCACAUCCUUGUAUGAAUUGUUUUUUAUGUGUGGAGUUAUAUCAGAAAAUCCUUUGAAAUCAUGUUUUGUAGACAAGGCAUGAGAAACCAUGUUUAAAGGGGUAUUUCUGAGGUGAGAGACUACUUUUGUCUUUUUCAGCAAAUCGAAUUGUGUAGGUUUGCCAAGUUUCUUGGCCUAAUAGGAAACUAGAUCAAGUUACCACUAUAUCAUGUUCCAUAGAAUGAGUACUCCAGUCUAAAAGAGGCAAGGGGUAUUUCGGAGGUGGGGGACCAUUUUUAUCAUUUUUAGCAAGUCAAAUUGUGUAGGUUUGCCAAGUUUCAUGGCUUUACAGCUAACAGAAAUGGAUCAACCAUAGUUAUGUCUUCCGAGUGCUGGUCACAGGACCCCCAUUCUAAAAUUAGCGAAGGGGGUAUUUCUGAAGUGGGGGACCAUUCAUUGACUUAUCAUUUUCAGCAAGUCAAAUUUUGUAGGUUUGCCAAGUUUCAUGGCUGUAUAGUUAGCAUACUAAUGUAUUCUGAGUAUGACUUUGAAAAAAGAAAACAUUUAGUAAAUUAAAGCUUUUCGUCUGACACUCUUCAGAGUUCAAAACGUCAGAACAUAGAUCGAAAACUCUACGCUAGGAAAUAUAUAUACCCAGUUGUGGAUCGAAAUAGGCCAAUCAGAAACACGAACACGUGACUGUAUAGGUUGACCAAUCAGUGCCGCUUGUCUAUUGAGAAUGUUACCAAUGGAGUCCUUAGGUGAAAACCUUAAUGUAAACUUAAAUAACAUCCUCUGGAUAGCCGUUCUCUAGAAAGAUCUUAGUUAGUUUUUUAAGUUCCGAGUCGAGUUUAGACUUGGAACAAAUCAUCAGUGUCCUAUGAGUAAGCGUUUUGAUGAGGCUGAUUUUUCUUUGUUUUGGGCAAAACGAACUCCAUCGAGUGUAUAACCCCGAAAAUGUGGGUUUACGGUAUACACUAAUGAGAAAUCCAGUGCCAGAUUUAUCAACCAAAACAUCUAGAAAUGGCAAGGAGUUAUUUGCUUCCUUUUCAAAUGUAAAAUGUAGGGCUGUGUGAAGGCCAUUAAGGCGUUUUAGGAAAAUAUCACACUCAGCCUCUGUUUUGAAAAUGGUACAUGUGUCAUCCACAUACCGAAAAUAAACCACUGGCUUUUGGUCGCAGUCAAACAAACGUUCUUCAUGAAAGCCGACAAGGAUAUUGGCCAAGGCAGAUCCCAGAGGGCUUCCCAUAGCGAUACCAUCCUUUUGUUGGUACAUUUCAUUGUUAAAGCUGAAUUCAACUUAACGCGUUGCAGUUUCCAUCAGUUCAAUGAAUACUUCCUCUGGGAAUGGUGGGCUAUUAAGCUCGCUCCGGUACAAAGCGUCGGCACAUAUUUUGAUGAUCUCAUUCAAAGGGACAUUUGUGAAAAGACUGCUAAUGUCAAAGGAACACAUGAAAGAUGUUUCGUCUUUGAUGUUCAAGUUUUGCAUGAAUUCAGCGAACGUAAAACAGUCCUUAAAGGCACUGAGUCAUGGUAAAAACUGGUUCUCCGCGGGGGGUUUGCAUGUUUCCAUGCGAUAAGUUUGUUUUCAUGUGAUCAGACAUUCUUUGUCGAAAGCGAAAGGGAUUUGAAAAGCCUUUGUGGCAUUUGAAAGGUUCAAAUGGGGGAAGAAGUUUGAAAUCUUUUGUAGAUAGCAAGAGAAAAGAGAGAGAAAGAAAGAACCUUCAGAAACGGCGGAACAAAGAGCACUUACAACAUCGUGUGUGCAGUUCGCUUGACAGUCAAUCAGAUUAGCGAAGCUAUUAUAAUGACUCAGCAAUUUUUGCAAUUUGGGAUACGCUUCCUAUUUACCAUGACUCAAUGCCUUGAAUGCCACACAAAAAAGUUCUGUUGUAUAUGAAUUUACGUGCCAGUGUGAUUCUGGCUACGUAGGACGCACCACCCAAAGAUUAGAGGAUAGAAUAAAACAACAUGUUCCGUCUAAUAUUAGAAACAAAACCCAUCCCCAAAAAGAACAGCCACCUCGGUCUUGCAAAUCUAAAAUUACAAUUAAAACCUGCGAUUCUGCUAUCGGGCAGCAUUUACUAGAAAACCCAGAUUGUGCAAGGAACUAUAAUGGCGACAUGUUUCGGAUUAUUGGUAAAGCCCGAUCAUCGUUCCACCUAGCAGUUUUGGAAUAUAUCUGCAUAAGCACGAAAAAACCGCUAUUGUGUAGACAAAAGGAGUUCCUUUUUCACCUUAGGACUCCAUUGGUAACAUUCUCAAUAGGCAAGCGGCACUGAUUGGUCAACCUAUACAGUCAUGUGUUCGUGUUUCUGAUUGGCCUAUUUCGAUCCACAACUGGGUAUAUAUAUUUCCUAGCGUAGAGUUUUCGAUCUAUGUUCUGACGUUUUAAACUCUGAAGAGUGUCAGACGAAAAGCUUUAGUUUACUAAAUGUUUGCUUUUUUCAAAGCCAUUUUCAAGUUUUGUACCACCAAAAGAUUGUUUGUUUUCUGGGUACUGGGCACAAGUACCCCGGUCUAAAAAUAGCACAAGGAGCAGUCAUGAGGGUUGGGACCAUUUUUAUCUUUUUUUAGCAAGUCAAAUUGUGUAAGUUUCGCAAGUUUCAUGGCUGUUUAGUUAACAGAAAUAAACUGACCAUACUAACGUAUUCUGAGUACUGGGCACAAGUACCCCAGUCUCAAAAUAGCACAAGGGUUUUUUCCCCAAAAUAGGUAUAUAUUCUGUCUUGUUACGCAUAUCGAAUUCUGAACUACUAGGCAUGUUUGUUUUGAUACUUCCUUUUUUCGUUUCUGCCAGUCCCAUAUCCGUGUGGUGAUACCUGCAUUGAAAUUUUUCUAUAAGCCUUAUGAAUUUGAUUUUAGGGAGGAUACCUAAUAGGUCCCCGAUUCCCGAAUUCCAGCUACGUUUUUAGCUCGACUCCCGAUUCCUCACAUCAAUUCCCUUAUCCCGGUGUUAUCGAUUCCCGAAUCCCGCUCUCAGCAAUUUGGCAAUUCCCGAUUCCUGACUCCAAAAAACUACGAUUCCUGCUUCCCCCAAAACAUGUUGUUUACCCUCAUCAGGUAAGUCUCUAUUCGAAAUUCCUUGUUGAAAACUUUAAUUUUGGUAGUUAGAAGUAACUUUUGCUGUCAAUUGACGACUUGUUUCGUUUUUUGUACCACUGAAGAUUUCGUUAAAUCUUCAAGUGUAUUUCCGAAUAGUGCAUUACUAGACAUUUGGCCUUGCGCUAAUGUUAAUGUGCUUCAUAUAGUAACGCUGCUAUGUCAUAUGAGAGACAGGGUUAUUCGUACGAAUCCAUAGCUGAUUGCGUUUUUCAGUUUCUGACGACAACUGCUGGGUCAAAGAUGCAGUUAAUUACCGAUGCUACUGUGGCACAAUUUUAUUUCGUCGUUAUUGACUUUUUUCGUGUAGGUUGUCUAAUUAAAACGAGAAAGAUUCUACUAUUUCUCUUGUCACCUCCAAUUUUGAGAAUGUCACACUGUACCUGGAUGAUUCUUUAACGACAACUUGGCUUGAACUCUUAUUGCAGCAAUAACAAAGUUUUAAAAAUAAUCAAUUGCAAUACUACUCUUUUAGCCGAAAACGCAACAUCCCUAUUGUCUAACAUCUUCACAGUUUCCAAUAUUUGCAUAACGCUGUAAACUGGACACUAUUGCGUUUCUUUUCUUUGUUUCUAAUGAACUUAAACUCAAGAAGUUAAUAAUUUAAAGCCACAGCAAGGCUUCGACUGGGAAAUAGAGUGUUUUUUGUCAUUUGCGCAAGGAUCACGCACCUCAUAGCCUGAAAUUUAAAUGCUAAACUCGUCGACUGAGACAGUUGCCAUGUCGAGGUAAGCUAAGACCUUUCAUUUUAGAAAACUUUACGGAAACUGGAGAAAACUCGAUCAUAACAUAAUGUUCGAGCAUGAUUCAAAUAUACUCUCUCGUUUUUUAUAAGAACAAUUUUAUAAGAACAUGAGCCUUAAAAUUGUUCAAAAGGUUUGAAAAAGAUUAAGAAGCUGAGGAUGAGCUACUGUAAAAUGUAAUUUGGAACAGCUUUUUAUCUCAAAAACUUUUAGGAUUUUUAGCCAUGUUUGGGUGCUUUUUCGGUAUAUAUUCAAACCUGUCUGCAAAUGAAGGUUGUCUUAUUCAUUUUGUUGGUAAAUGAGGCCACACCUCCCUAGAGCAAAAAGUUAGCAAUCGCGCUGCUUACACCCUAUUAAUUUAAGAGCAAAUAAAGAACAAUCAAGCCUUAGAUUUUCGAAAAAAAUUAAGAACAGUCAGCGUGAAUUUAAAUUUACUGGUUCUUAUAAAAAUGAUUGUAAGUAUCGAUUACAGCAAUGUUGAGCGGGAGUUUCGGUUAACUCCCGUAUGCUUUUGAAUGUUGUGGCCCUCUCAACUUGCCUUGUAACACUCUAACACUCAACUUUGCUCAAAGAAACAAGUUGUAAAUUUGUUACCAUUAUCAGUUAGAUUUUGCUUCUUACUUUUGUAGCAUCCUUCUCGUUCUCUGCAAUAUCCCCCUGGUCUAUCUAGGUGAGUUAAUUAUGCAAAACUCUUUUAACAAACUUUGGUUGCCUCCCUCUGUUAUUUUUAUUUAUAAAUACCAUCUGCAGGGAUUUAUUUCCGAACAAUCUGUUUCAGUUGAUCAAUUUAUUUUCCUUGUAGUCAAAACCAGUGCAUUCUUCGAAAUCGCUUAUUCAAUCGCCGAAACUAGUGGACUUCCUGUGUGCAAAUUUUUACCGCAGGACUGUGCAUUUCCGCCUGAUUAAGAGUUUGACAUCGAUGAUCUGAAUGUUUAAAAUGCUUAGACGUGUCAGAGGAGAGUUUCAGACCAAGGAUGUUGGUUUUCUUAUAAUUAGAACCUCAUAACUUCGAUCAGCAUUUUCCAUAGGGGCAAAAUCUAGAAAAAUGGACACACUCAAGGUUCCUGGUACACAAGAUAUCUUCCGGAUUAGAUCGAAAUCACUAGAAAAUCUGACGCAUCUCGGCGCACCAAGAAAUGACAAACAUACCCUUGGGCCUUCACUGUCGCCUCCAGGACACCUCUUUCGUGGCCUACGAAAGAAGCUUGGCCUGAUGAUGUCAAAGAGCAAUCAAGAUGUAACAGCGAGUGAUACUCCAGAAGACAGCAAAAAGUUGUUACGUGCCCAAUUAAGUGCUGGUUUCAUAGGAAUGGAGAAGCGAUCGAAAGACGACAGAUCACGAUCUUCGUGAGUAUUUUUAGCUUGAUUUUAUAGUGAAUUUCUAAGCAUAUGUAACCUUAUGAGAAUAUUGUUUUUGUUGCUGUAAAAUUCGAUUAGGCAUGAGGAAUAAUAUACACACUAGUUUCUUAGAGUUUUAAGAUACUGCUCUAUUUUUGAUUGCAAAAUAAAUGAGAUGUUUUGCGACUUUGCUCUAUCUAGAAAAUUAGUUAGUUAAAGGCAAAAUUAUUUUUGAGCAUGGAGGAACAAGGAAGAGCUAUUCUGUACUUUGUUGCUCUGGAGCUUUUGUAGCCCUGCUUAAAGUUAGAUUGAACUAGAAUUUUAGAAAGGGGCUUCAGCUUUGAUUGUGGAAAUAGUUUAGUGGCAGCCUGGUUUUUAUUUCAAUCAUCCAGUGGAACUGGGCACAGAGUUGGUUCCUAGAAGCGCUUUAAGAAGAAUGUAUGAUUAUUGGAUAGCUUUUAACGGUAAUAUAAUGGGUAUAAAAGAAUGGAUAUGCGGUUUAUAAGAAAAGGAGGGUGAACAGGUUUAAGUAG